AUGCGUCUAUAUACAUGCUUCCUGCAGACUUGUGUUGUGAAGGUUCCAAGUCAUUGGAUUGCUUAUUAUUUUGAGGCGAUACAGAAAAAUUUGUUGCAGGAAAUAAAUGGAAUAAAAUCCAUCACCAUUAAUGCAUGCAACCGCAAGAUAGCAGUUUGUGGUGAUAUUGUAGACCCAGCCAUAGUCAUAGAGACAAUAUCAAGGGUUUGUAAGGCACGUCGUACAGAGCUUGUGUCCUACGACAAGAAGAAUUCAAAUCCUGCUGCAAAUCAUCUUGCACAAGGUCGAACGAUCAAGAAUAAUGAUCACUUCAUUCAAAACGACACAAAAUUAUCCCCUAAUUAUAACAAGGAUGCUAUUGUUCCUGCGUUGAUGGAGAACCGCAGUACUACUGAGGUUGCUCUUCCAUUGAUGAAGAAGAACCGCCGUUUUGAUGGUCCGGUGACUUGUGUUUUGAAGGUACAUUGUCCAGGUUGUCUUGACGAAAUAACGGAAACAUUGCACAAAAUAAAAGGAGUAGAUUUCAUCUUCAGCUUCUCAAAAUAUGGACCUCAUGAAUGGGAAGUAAAAGUUUUUGGUGAUAUAGAUCCACUCACAAUCACGAACACAAUAUUGACAAAAUAUAAGAGAACAGUUACGCUUUCGGCGUACGAGGACUUUCGUCGUCCCCCGAAGAAACCAGCUGGGAUUUUGCAGCGACUGGUUUCCGUUUUCCAAACUUUUUGCGACGACUUUUGACUUCUUUAAUAAUUACGUCCGGAUAUCCGCAUAGGA